GUUACAUAACUCUUCUGGGUCCUACACCAAAUGAUGGAGAAAAGAAUUAAACCCCUACCAUCAAAUUCCAGCAUCUGACUUCUUUACCACUUCACAUACUGCCUCUUCAGCCAGAGCAGUGCCUCAUCCUUUGUGGAUCUUUUUGAGAAGAAAAAGAGCAAUUGAUAAGCACGUUACUAUGAGUCUGCUAAACUGUGAAAACAGCUGUGGAUCCAGCCAGUCUGAAAGCGACUGCUGUCCUGCCAUGGCCAGCUCCUGUAGCGCCGCAGUGAAAGAUGACAGUGUGAGUGGAACCACCAGCACGGGGAACCUCUCCAGCUCUUUUAUGGAAGAGAUCCAGGGGUAUGAUGUGGAGUUUGACCCACCCCUGGAAAGCAAGUAUGAGUGCCCCAUCUGCUUGAUGGCAUUACGGGAAGCAGUGCAAACACCGUGUGGCCAUAGGUUCUGCAAAGCUUGCAUCAUCAAAUCAAUAAGGGAUGCAGGUCACAAAUGCCCAGUUGACAAUGAAAUACUCCUGGAAAAUCAACUGUUUCCUGACAAUUUUGCAAAACGGGAGAUUCUUUCUCUGAUGGUGAAGUGUCCAAAUGAAGGUUGUUUGCACAAAAUGGAACUUAGGCAUCUUGAGGAUCACCAAUUACACUGUGAGUUUGCUCUCAUGAAUUGUCUCCAGUGCCAACGUACCUUCCAAAAAUGCCAACUUAAUAUUCACAUUCUCAAGGAGUGCCCGAGGAGACAGGUUUCUUGCAUGAACUGUGCUGCAUUGAUGGCAUUCGAAGAUAAAGAGAUCCAUGACCAGAACUGUCCUUUGGCAAAUGUCAUCUGUGAAUACUGCAAUACCAUGCUCAUCAGAGAACAGAUGCCUAAUCAUUAUGAUCUAGACUGUCCUACAGCCCCAAUUCCAUGCACAUUCAGUACCUUUGGUUGCCAUGUAAAGAUGCAGAGGAAUCACUUGGCACGCCACCUACAGGAGAAUACCCAGUCACACAUGAGAAUGUUGGGGCAGGCUGUUCAGAGUUUAAGCCUUGCUUUAGCUCCUGUACCUCAGCGUGAUGUGCCGCCGUAUGAUUCUUCCUCGGUGUCCCGGGUUUCCAGCACGUGUCACCCAGAGGUUCAGAAUUUCCAAGAAACCAUUCAGCAGUUAGAGGGUCGUCUUGUAAGACAAGACCAUCAAAUCCGAGAGCUAACUGCUAAAAUGGAAACUCAGAGCAUGCAUGUAAGUGAGCUCAAAAGAAAUAUUCGAACCCUUGAGGACAAAGUUGCUGAAAUAGAAGCACAGCAGUGCAACGGGAUCUACAUCUGGAAGAUCGGCAACUUCGGGAUGCAUCUGAAAUCUCAGGAAGAAGAGAAACCUGUUGUCAUUCACAGCCCUGGAUUCUACACAGGGAAGCCUGGGUACAAACUGUGCAUGCGCCUGCACCUCCAGUUACCAACUGCUCAGCGCUGUGCUAAUUAUAUAUCCCUCUUUGUCCACACCAUGCAAGGAGAGUAUGAUAGCCACCUCCCCUGGCCCUUCCAGGGUACAAUACGCCUUGCGAUUCUUGAUCAAUCUGAAGCGCCCGUCAGGCAAAACCAUGAAGAGAUAAUGGAUGCCAAACCAGAGCUGCUUGCCUUCCAGAGACCCACGAUCCCACGGAACCCAAAAGGUUUUGGCUACGUGACUUUUAUGCAUCUGGAAGCCCUAAGACAAAGAACCUUCAUUAAGGAUGAUACUUUAUUAGUACGCUGUGAGGUCUCUACCCGCUUCGAUAUGGGCAGUCCCCGGAGGGAAGGUUUUCAGCCACGAAGUACUGAUUCAGGGAUAUAGCAUCCCUGCGUUUGUUCAAAAAAAAAAAAAAAAAAAAAAGUCUGGAGAAAGCAGUGUCUUUCCUUGCCUUGUUCUCAGUAGUAUGCAAACCAAAAAAGAAGUGGGAAAAAUAUAGUCCUCACCAGUGAAUGUUAAUAGAUCACUUACCCCUUCUUCCUGUUACAAAUCUCUGAACCAGUUUUUCUUGGGAAUCUACAUGUUCUCUGCUUUUUCAAAAACCGAAGUGCCUGUGGCAUAUUGCAGCAGCUCUUUUGUCAUUUAGUAUACCUCUUUGUUGUACUUCCAUGGGCUUUUGCUCCAGUGUGUUUUAUUGUCAAAAAGCCCAUGGUUGGACUAGUAAAGCUCAAACCUUUAGAAAUAAUAAUAAUGGACAUUCCUUAAAACUUCAGCUUAUUUUUAUAUUAUAUGUAAUAUAUUAAACUUGAGAAUCACUACUGCCUCGUGCUGGUGCCAGCGAGAAUUAUUAUUCUGGAGCUGAGUUCUCAUUUUAUUUGACCUUGUAUGGAUUUCAGAGGAUUUGAGCCUUAAUCCUUGGAAAGCUUAAAUUCUCAUUCACUCCAAUCCCCCUGCCCCAGGGUGUUUACUAAGGAUGUUCAGAAACUAGUUUAAACCCUAAAUAUUACCUUACUUAUUUAGUGUAAACACUCUGUCUUCUUGUUUAAGUAUUUUAUUCUAUCUGGCUUACGUAUUUCCUUGAGGCUACAAGUAGCAUCUUCUCCAGAGUUGAGAAUGCUGAGAACAAUGUGGGUACCAACUGCCCAGUAUUAUACUAUACAUCCCUUUUUGUCCAUUUGGUGCAGAGUGAAUUCCACAGCUUUACAUAUGUUCUCUGUGGCUUAAUGCUUGUGGGAUAAGGAGAUGCACACGGACAAUCUCCAAUGUAAAAAAUGUGUCUCAACUAGUCAGCCAACAAGGCACCUCCCCGGUGGUGAAAGGAGCUAUCUGAGCCAGAAAUUUUCAGCUCAUUUAAACACUCUCUGGUAGUUGUUAAAUGGAACAAAACUGAUUUCCUAAAAACAGAAUUUCCUAAUAUUUGGGAGGUCACUGGAGAUACACAUGAGAGGUCAUCAAACCAAGGUGGGAAGCCCUAGUGGUUGUGUCAGGACUUAGCCUGAGUAGGUUGCUUUGGUCCAACAGUAGGUAGCUGAGGAGGGUCAUGUGGAAUGUGUGGAAGUGGCUAAAGGUUCCCAAUAGGGAGGGGUGAUUUUUGUGGCGUUAAUUUGUUAAGGCCUAUAGACAUUAAAUAUUAUAGUGAAAUCGUGUUCUCAGGGAGUCCCACAGCUAAUAUAGGCUCUUAGAAGAAUCUGAGAGGACCCACGUGCUAUGCUGUUCACUCAAGAUUGUUUAAUGCUGUCUGGUCGUGAGAGAUGGAAUUGUAUCUUUCUCGAGGGGCCGAAUCAGAGCUCCCCGACCAGCAUCCAAGAUGAGCCUUAAUUUCAAGAGGAAGCCAAGAGACCUUGUCUGUGGAGAAGAGGGGUUUUGGUUCCAGGCAGACCCAGCAAGUGUCACUUUGACCUUUCCCUUUACUUGUCUCUCUGCCCUCCCUCUCUACCCCACAUUUAGGCUCCUGCUCUGCUCUCAUGGGUUUACGUUACACAGCGAAAAUAAAGGUUACGCAGAGAUCCUGUUCUGCACAAUUACCACUCCAGCCACCUGCUCAUCACUGGUUCCCAGUUCACUUCCUGGCAAGUCGGUGUCCUCUAGCUGCUGCUGUGCCUUCCACCCAGCUCCUGAGAAUCCUUGCAGCCCCACCGUCUAGGUUGGGAGCCCUGCACUGCUGCUGCUAACUGAUUGUUUUUCAAUGAAUAAUUGUUGAGCUCCAUUUAAAAAGUAAAUGGUAGGCUUUUUUGUUGCUGCAUAGAAAAAAGCCUGAAGGAAAUACGCUGAACUAUUUUUGAUGAUUUCUUCUUUGCGCUUUCUUAAUAUGUUUUACAUUUUCUGCAGUAAACCUCUAUUUUAUCAGAGGGAAAAAGAAAUGUUGCCACAAAACAUUCAACCCCACCAAAAAAGGAAAUGCUAUUUAAAAGCUUCCUGGUCAAAUAUCUAUUAAAAGCAUGGCUGUGCUUUAGGUACUGAAGCCAGUCAUUUCCUGCUUUGGUUAGUUUAAUGUUUUUCUACUAACUCUACUUAAUCCAAACCAAAACAGUUUUUUGCCUACUCUCAACUUCUAGCUUCAGGUUUCUCAUCUGUAAAAUAAGAAGUUGCUUUAGAUGUUUCUAAGGCCCACUCCACCCGUGAAAUUCUGUUUUAAGAAAUUAAGUCCUAACCAGAGCAUUGACAAUGCUUAUUAAAGGAUUUUGCCAGUAGGAAAUUGUUCUACCUUGUUUUUUGCUGACAUCAUACUGUACUUCAAAUGUAGUUUCCCAUCAGCUGGGUCUCAUCCUAAUUCAAAGAAGCAAUUUUUUUAAACCCCCAAACGUUUCGCAUUUUGUAAGAAACUAGGAACUUAACACUGGUCAUUCACUGUGAAUACAAAAGUAACGAUGGUCAAACUGUCAUUCCAAAUAGAAACUUUUGCUACAACUUCAACUCAGAAUCAAGCCUGAUAUGGAAAAACUGGUCUCCCAUAUUUUUCAAAUCUGCCGUACUCAAACAUGCUGGUUUCACUCAACAGGCUUUCAAGUGUUUGUGCUGCGCAUUUUUAUUUUAUUAACCUUUUAACGUGUUGAUCUUCUGACAUCAUUCUCAAACAUAGCGAAAUUGUUUCUUUUCCCAGAGAUGUCCAAGCCAGUGUUGGAAGGAGCUGACCACAAAUCCUGUAUUUUGCUGUGGGAAAACAAGGAUGUCGAUUCGUAGUUGGUAGUUUUUACGGCUCUGCAGUGACAGCUCCAGGCUAUACCACAGUGUGGUUCAGCUCUCACUGUGGGGACGAAUCAAGUGAAAUAGAAUGAAAGACGAGCUUCUUCCUCUAAUAAUGGACUAAUCUAGAGAUGUUGGAUGAUAUCUGACAGUUUUUGUGACAGGUAUAAAAUUCUGUUCUCCGUUACUGUUUCUGUACCAGUAAGUCUUUAGGAUAAACUAAGCACGAAUUAGGAAUUAUGAAUUAUGCAUGCAAUUAGAAUUCAUUCUCCUUAAAUAAGAGGAGAAUGCUUGUCAUUCCUUUAUCCAGGGAAUCCUCAGAUCUCUGGUGACCAGAAAAGACUCUUAAUUAGUAGAGAGGUUUUUCUAACUUAAGACUUGAAAGCACUGUACUUCAAUUCAGUUACUCUAGCUCUUUUUUUUUUUUUUUCUGGCCUGCCUCAAAUUAUGCUCAUCGUUUAUAUACAAUACCCUUAGGUGUGUUUUGUGAUGCCUACUUCCACAAAGCCUAAGCAGUGCAAUGCCUUAAACAAGUGAAAAAAAUGGACAGUAGCCCUUUGUAUUUUUCGUUCAAAAUACACAUUUUUUUCUAAAUUUUCCAGAUUCACCCGAUAAGCUAUAGUAAGUUUCACAGUUGAUACCAUUGUAUUGUAUAAUGGGGAAUGGACACUUGCAAAUUCCCAGUAUCCCAACUUUCCCAGAAGGUUGAUUUGAUGAAAUCAAAUUAGAUGGACCUCUGUAGAUUGUAAUAUUCAAUUACAGCCUUCAUACGUUUGCAAAGAGAUGCCUACUUGUUUCUCUAAAUGUCACCUACACCUUUAAUGUUGAUUUUAAAGCUUUUUCCUUCCCCAAAAUUGUUACCAUUAAGUUAUGAAAUACUGAAAAAUUCUAGAUGGGGCAAGCAUCUUGUACAUGAGGAGAUGUGGUGCUCUUUUUUUUUCCCCCCUCUCUGAAAGUACUUUCUCAGUCGGACACUAGCUCUACCUCCAGGACUAGAGGGGAAGGAGAGGCCGACUCUUCUGCUCCCUCCAGGCCUGCAGCUAGCUCUGAAUGUCCUCCUGGGGAAGUCACCAGGGCACAGCCGCAGUGCUCUGCUUCCCAGCCGUGGCUUCUGAGAGCCUCCUGUGAGCUUCCCUGCUUCUGCAGGUCGAGUGUGUUUAUCCCAAGGCUCUUGCAGGUGGAUUUCAAGGUAAAAGCUGAAGUGCCAGGGGAGAGAAGAGCAUAUGGAUUCCUGUAUUCCAAGAAAGAAGUGCUGCCAGUCUUAGGAGCACAUAAUGACAGUUUUACUCCAGUCCACACAGGAAUAAACUGAGGCACCUGGUGUUGUUCCUGUUUCUGCACAGUGCCUGGCGCAGGGUACACACAUGUUUAGUAAUCAACAGCGAGUGAAAUUACUGGUUAAAACUGACCCAAUUUCUGGUAAUUUGUCAUGCAAGCUUUAGGUGGUACGGUAUAGAUGGGUUUGGUUUGGUUUGGUUUUGCCUUUCUCCCCAGUACUUUCUUUAAGAAAUUUUACAGACAUGCAGAAAUGUUGGAUGAAUUGUAUAAUGAACAACCACCACCUAGAAUCUACAAGUAACAUUUUGUAACAUUUGCUUUAUCACUUAGUAGAUGUUAAUUUUAAUGAGACUUCAAGUUUGGCUUCUCUUUUAAAAAUUUCUCUGAGAUAAUUAGCUUCAGUCGAGUCAUCUUAAACUCUUUGGGGAAACUUAUGAUAUUUGAAUUGUAGCUGCGAUUGUGGUCCUUACUUUCAGCUAGUUUUCAACUUGUAAAUCUAUUAUGCUGAAUUUUAAUCUUAUUUAUCUUGCCUGAAGGGAUGCUUUUUAUAAUGGAUUUAUUUGAAAGUCCUCGAUCAAUUGUGCAGAGUAUUUUAAUGUUAUUUUCACACUUGAUGAAUUAUCCAAUUAAUUUCUCUGGUCAGAAUGUAAUUUGGGGCCCAUUCUGCUUACACAGUGUUCCAGGAUUAUGUUCCUACAGGGCUGAAGAGACAGUGUAAUUUAGCAUAUAUCCCACUAAAUCAGGAGCUACAAGACUUAGGUUUUACUCCUGACCAUGGGCAAGUCCGUUCUCUUUGUCUUUGUGUCUGUUUAUCUACCUGUAAAGAGUGGGAUGGAAUUUGAAAUUUAGAUACCAUUAAAUAGUGGGUAACAUUUCUUAAUGCUUGGGUCUACUAAGGGAGGCUAUUACAAAUCUGUAACUAUAUGACAAGCUGUGGGAUGAAAACCGACUUGAAAAAUGGAAGCACGUGCAGUGAGUGCUCUGAGUGUCACCAGAAAGCCUGCUGUUGCUCAGAAUUUACUAUUGCUACAGAAGUUGUGAGCAGUUUUCCUAAUCCAUCUGGACUCCAAGUGUUUUGUGAGAGGGAGUUGAAUGCAAAGAUGGGAGGGGACAGCUCAUCACAGACCGAGAAUCAAGUGUUCAGUGGAAGAGCAAGAUGUGUGGAAGGAAGAGCUUAAUGGCUUUACCCAGGUUCACUGCCGCGGGCACCCUCUACUGCCCCCUCCAACCGCCCCCCAUCACCAUGCCUAACAAAGAAGAAGGCCCUGAGCAGCACUGGGGCGCUGGUGGUCUCCACAGGUCAAUGCACCUGGACUGCAGGGUUGGCAGAGGGAUAAACAGGGUCCCCACUCCAUUUAGUGGAUAAGUGUGACCUUAUUUCCAACCUAGGUUAUGCCUAUAGAUUCACAUUUAUCUCACAAGGGCAUUUGGAGAUUUUACAUUAGAUCCUGUCUUAGUGGGCGCCUGGGUGGCUCAGGGGUUAAGCAUCUACCUUUGGCUCAGGGCGUGACCCCAGGGUCCUAGGAUUGAGUCCUGCGUCGGGCUCCCUGCAGGGAGUCUGCUUCUCCCUCUGCCUGUGUCUCUGCCUCUCUGUGUGUCUCUUAUGAAUAAAUGGAUAAAAAUCUUAAAAAAGAAAAAGAAUGUCUUAGUAGUGAUUAUAGGAGUAUGACGAAAACCGUGUUUCUUGAAUGGCACCUUACUGAAUAUUAGUGUAGCUGAAAACAAAUGCCAGACCGACCUGCCUACCCACUCCCAUCUGGUGUGGAUAUUCUCUUACCAGCAGCCUGUGUAUAGCACCAAUAGCUUUACCAAAGAAGUACUCUUACUUCAAAUGAAAUAUAUAUAAUAAAAUAUAAUUGGUAUUCUGGGUGUUUAAUAAAUAAGUACACUGCUUUGA